GUAGAUACAUCUGACACAUUUAGCCUUAAGCCACAACCUUGGACAUUUACACUUUUCAAUAGCACGGAGUAAAUGACCCGCUAAUUUUUCGGGGCUAGCCAUUCCUAAUUCAUUCUUACCCCUGCAACCCUCAACCGAACCACACACAAUUUCGCAUUCUCAACUCCAAAACUCUCCAAAAUCUCGCGAAACUUUUCUCGACUCCAGACAGCUUCCAGCAACCACAUCGCAUACCGACAGUUCGUGAUAAUCAACAUCGCAACACCACAUCCGACAAUAUGUCUCACGAAUCCGUCUGGAACUCGCGCCCGCGAACAUACGGCAAGGGCUCUCGCUCCUGCCGAGUCUGCACCCACAAGGCUGGUCUGAUCCGCAAGUACGGCCUCAACAUCUGCCGUCAGUGCUUCCGUGAGAAGUCAUCCGACAUUGGCUUUGUCAAGCACCGAUAAAUGCCUUUUAGAAAUGUCGCUUUUUCCUACCACGAUUUCUUCGCAAAGCAUCGUCGACGUGACCGCGGAAAUGGAGUUGGGUUUUCAUUAGGGAACAUGGUUUCGCAUAUGCCUUGAGACAUCGGUACAGGCUUGCGUGGAGGGAACGAGCAAAGAUGGUCUUUUAGUUCGACUAGUCAACUA